GUCGUAGUCAUAUUUCUGGACGCGUUCUGUACAUCAUUAUCACUUUCCCUUACACUCUUUUAGUCCUGGUGGCUUGUCUGUAUCAUGACCGACUCAGAUACCGACUCUACCUUCACCGGCUUCCAGCUUUAUCGUUACACGCCCAGUGCCUCCGAAGCCGGUUUAUUCGCAAUGCUUUUCUUUACUUCUAGCAUAUUUCAGGCUUGGAAAAAUUUCAGGAGCCGAUCCUGGUAUUUCUCUGCCAUGAUCGUCGGUGGCUUGAUGGAAGGCGCUGGCUACAUUGCUCGAGUCUUGUCGCACAAUAACCCCGAAGCGCUGGGGCCCUAUAUUGUGCAAUCCAUUCUUCUUUUAGUUGCUCCCGCUCUGUAUGCGGCGGCUAUCCACAUCGUACUCGGACGGCUAAUGCGCAAGGUCCAUGGCGAACAAUUCUCUCUCAUACGUAUCAAUUGGCUCACCAAAAUUUUCGUCACCGGGGACAUCCUGAGUUUUCUUAUACAGUCCAGUGGCGGGGGCCUCCUUGCGAGCGCCAAGUCUCAAAGCAGCGUCAGUCUUGGCCAGAACAUCAUCAUUGUCGGACUGGUCGUCCAAAUACUCUGGUUUGGAGGGUUCAUUUUCGUGGCCGUCGUCUUUCAUUAUCGUAUGCGGGUAAUGCCUACCAUCGUUGAAAGAAAAAGCUGGAGAUCCUUUAUGUAUGUCCUCUAUGCAGCAAGCACCAUGAUCAUGGUGCGAUCGGUAUUCCGGGUCAUAGAAUUCGCACAAGGAAACGAUGGUUACCUUAUGAGGAGUGAAAUAUGGCUUUAUGUUUUCGAUUCAGUUCUUAUGGCUGGGGUCAUCACCCUGUUCAACAUCCACCAUCCCAGCAAGUACUUGCGAAAAGAUGGGGAGUAUAGAAUGGGAUGGAACCGUGAAGAGCAUGCAACCAUUGCACAGCACUACUUGGAUGAGCGAGAACACAUAUAUGCUUAGGACCUCUACAUAUCUUGUAACGAGACCUUUUCAUCUUCU